ACUAGUGGAGUUUUAGGUUCAACAGCAACAACACUGAAUUAUCCUAAUGGAAUUACAUUCGAUGCAAACAAAAACUUGUAUGUAGCUGAUUCCUGUAAUUUUCGCAUCCAGAAAUAUACCACAUGUGCAGUUACGACAACAACAAUUGCAACUACUACUACUACCGUUACGGCUAUUCCACCGUGUGCACCUCAAUCGAGAUCAAGUGGAACGUUGUUUUCUGUUACGAAUCCAACAUCAUCAACUUAUCCAACUUAUACAUGCUAUGCGUAUACGUGGGUAGCUACUGGAUCGUCGGCGACAUUAUCUUUCUUUUUUCGUCAUGAUCCCGGUGGUUGGAUGUUGGACACUGUUAAUGUUUAUCAUGGUUUGACACAAUUAAUUACGAAUGGCGGCUUUGAAACCGGUACUCUAUCUGGAUGGACUUAUUCUGGUUCAUGUACCUUCUACACUGGUAUGGCAUACAGUGGAAGUAGUUAUGCCGAAUCGGGAAGUUAUUACUAUUACGAUCGGUGUAGUUCCAAUGGUGAUACAAUAAGUCAAACGUUUUCAACAGUCGCAGGCGAUACAUAUGUUGUUAGUUUUUGGCUAACAAACUAUGGGUGCUGUUCACCGACUGAAAUUGCUAAUGUUACAAUAUCGUGA